CGUAACAUUUCCAGUAAGAGCGAGUUUCCCAGAUCAGGAAGAGUGCGACACAGCAUUGAAAUGUCUCUACGCAGUAAACAGACUUCACCUUCAGACUAACCAAGUUUUUUUUGUUUAUUCUGAAUGAAAACAGGAGGAAUCAGUCAGCUCAUCAUGGGGUUAUGGAGGUAAUCUACAUUCUUGGAUUUUUAAAGGAGUGAAAUCAUCACAUUUGUCGGAUUACAGUAAAUACCAUUUACUUUUGUUUUUGCUCUCAGGGGAUCCGGCAUGAGGAAAACUUUUGCCUUUUUGGUUUUAGGAAAUAUUGCAGCUGUACUCGCUCUCUCUGGUAAGUACAGUAAACAUGUAGACAGCUUUUAUUAGAAUAGCUUUGUAACUUGUUUAUUAAAUGUCCUCUGUAAUUUCUUACUCGAGCAGGCCAGGGUCUUGACUGUACCAACGACUUAGAGGACUUCAUGUUUUGCCACUUCGAAGGAAAAAACUGUUCAGAGUACAACAUGACUCUGCUGAGCAACGACCGACGGGAGUAAGCUGUUGUUUUCAUGUCUCAAUACAAAGCAUUUGGGUUCAAGUGAUAAGAAAGCUGGUUUGGAUGUCAAAUAGAAGAUUACUUUUGUGUAAACUUAGUAAAUAUAGUUCAGUUGUUAAUAACAAUUUAUGCAUGUAUUUAUUCACUAAUUAUUUAUUUUGUGUCCUUCAGUGACCAAGAUUGUGUUUUCAAACAAUGCAUCCAUGGACAGUGUUGUUGCUCGAUGCGGAUGAAGUAUCUGGUAUCAGGGGACACUUAUAAAGCAACAGUUUGGAAAGAGGGCCACAGCCUGGAGUCCAAAACCAUCAGCAUCACAGACACGAGUGAGAUUACUUCUUUUCAAGUGUUAUUUUUAAGUGUUUCUCUUCAUAUCCCUGACUCUGACUUAUCUAGACCCAGUAACACAAGGACAGGGAGUAAGACUUUUUUGUCUCUGUGUCAUGGCAGUAAAACCAAAACGCCCAACUAUCACCUCAGUCAGUGAAAACAAUGGCAUCUUUAAAGUUGUGUGGCUGACGAAUACGAGGAGCGCCAUACGGUAUAGUCUGACUGCUGAAGUGACCUACCAUGAGAAGGGAAGCAAAAACAAGGUAUCAAAGACACCAUGUUACAGAUAUUUUUCUCCUGAACAUAGAGACGGUUACUUUUAUGAUUGCUUUUUAUGAUCUAUGAUUGCUGUACCCUCCUUUUAUUGUUAAAUUCUUGUUCUUCCCCUCAGGUGUCUGAAACAGUCAAUCAAACUAACGAUAAUGGAGAGAACAGCUAUGAAUUACAAGACUUAAAACCAAGCACAACAUACCUGGUCAGUGUGAGGAGCUACACGCACUGGAGUAAAAUGUACAGUGACAGUAGUAUGCCGUGGGAAUUCACAACCCGUAAGUGUUUUUUUUCUCCAAAGCUUUUAUGCCACUUUAUAUGGUUUUCAUCAUAUGUUAGAUAUUUAUGUUAUACACAUUUAGCUUCGUCAAAAUGUCCAUGAAUGUCAAAUCUUGAUUGAACAUUCAGAAAAUAGUGUAAGUCUUGUACUGUGUUAUAAAAAUCUCUUGCUCUGAAACUCACUUUGAUGGGAUAAAGAGGGAGUUAAAAAACCCUGGGUAGGGCCUUUGUGUUUGAUGAAAGCAUGUGUAUUAAUAAUUGUUUCCUUAGAAUUAAGACUCAGUUUACGACGAUUAAGAUCACAGAUUCAGUUUUAAGUGCAUAAUAAGCGUUUGUCACUCUAACAUUGAAAGCUUCACUUUAGAAAGCUGAUGGAGUUCACAGACUGUGACGUCAAUGCUGAUGCUCUGAAAUACGUCAGAGCUCUAAAUUUUACCAUGUGUAAUCUAUUUUAGAGUGGUGUAGCAUUCCUUGUUCCCAGCAUAGAAAGUUCAAUCUCAUAGAAAUAUUUCAAAGUGCACAAAGCUAAUGUCUGCUUGAAUCCAAGCUGGGAUUGCCACUUAUUUCCAUGUGCAAUUUCACGAGACUUGAAAUGAGUUUGGUUUUGUCAAACUAGUCGUCAGCCCCUUUCACUUAAUGCCUCAUGCUGUGCCAAAUCAUUGAAAUCAAUGAGGAAACAUUUCCCUAUAUGGUUUUGUCAGACGGUAAAAGCAGAUAAGCUUUCAUUGUAAUCUGAACUGCUGCAGUGUUUUAUGAAAGCAUCCAUAGAUCUAUUAGAGCUAAAGUGGACUCUCUUCUUCCUCUUUCUAGCUCCAUCAUUACAGACGCACCCAUUUCUCUAUCUAAUGAUCUCUACCUUACAUUCUCUCUGUGUUCUGACUCUUUAAGAGCUUUUUAAAAAUCAUUUUGGCUUUGAUUAUAACUAAACCAGAGUUGUGGUCUGUAUGUCCUGUGUUAAAAAAAAAGAAAAAAAAAAACAAUCUAAAAGGUUUUUUAUUUGCACCUUUUGUGUGUACAGUAGCUGAUUGAUAUAUACUGUCCAGUCAAUCUUUCUGCUGUUCAUUAUUUCUUCAAAAAUAAACUUAUUCUCUUCAUGUUUUCUUACAGCUAUGUCCUCAGGUACCCUGUACUUGAUAAUAGUCAUCAGCCUCAGUGUAGCUGCAGUCCUUAUCACUGGUGCUAUGUACGGCUGUUAUGUAAAGUAAGUCAUUUUGGUAAUCGUCGUCCUGUGUAUGUUGAAUAUGUAAAUGAAGUGAUAUUUUUACUUGGAUGUUUUGUUUAUGCAUUAUUUGUGCAGCUGUAUUUAUCGACUCUUUGUUUUAGGUUUAAAACAAAGUGGUGGGACUCGGUUGCAAAAUGUCCAAAUCCAAAACUUCUUGUCAUGCAUGCAAGAGAACAUGAGGUGAGACACAAGUAAUCAAAACUGUACAGCUCUGGUCACAAUCCCUAUAAAGUUCACAUGAAAUCAUACUAAAUCAUAAUCAUACUUAAGUCAUUCACAGGAACUGUAGGCUUUUUUUUUACCAAGCAAACCAGGACUGAUAGUUAAGUCAUAGUAACUGAAAUCUUUCAGUUUUAGAGAAUUAGGAAGUUCUCUUUUCACAGUGUAUUACUUUCAUAAUGUAUGAAGCUCUUUGGCAAAACCCAUUGCAAAAGAGCCUUUCACAAUUUACCCCCUUAACCACAAGCUUUUAGAUCAGAAUAUGAUUGUUGUCUUCCUCCUCAUUUCAGAUCUUGAAGCCUGUGCGGCCCAUCAUCUCCUCUAUCUGUGUGGAGCCUCUAUUAGAUGACAACAAACCAUGGUUAGCAGCAACAACACAGCUAUUUUUUCCUGGAGAAUCACCUCAGUUUUCUACCAUAUGCUUAAAGUAACCUGUCUUUGUGUAUUUAGGUUAAAGGAUUUUCAGAAGGACUCGAGCGGCGGCAGCCUUCAGCAAAGUAGUGGAAUCAGCACUGGCUCGUCUGGUUUCAGCUACGCCGAAACCGAACCAGUUAACAUUAUCGCCAAAGUUCAGGAGGCUCGUGAUAAAGCUCUUGCCACCAUUAGCUUGAUAUCACCAUUCACCGCCAACCUGCCUUCAGAUGUAAACAAAGACGGCAGUUUGCUCUGUGCUCCUUGCAGCACUAACGAUGUCAUGCCUGAAGACAUCGGCUCAGGAUCAUCUGGUUUUAUGAACAGAACCUACUCCAUCCUCCUUCCUAACUGCACUGCUCAGAUUGCUCAGAUCAUGUCCGAGGCCCAGACACAGAAUCAAAUGCCCUGUGACUCCGGGUACCAGUCAAGUGAAGGCGUCACUGUGGUCACCACUUACCAACAAACACCAGUCUGUCUGCUCCUCACUUCACCACCAGAGGUCUCGUCUUUGAUACCCACAGAUAUGUCUUAUCAGCCAUGUAACGCAGACUCUGGAACAUUCUCAUACGCAGAUGCUUCAAGGUCCUCCUCCAUUUCAAGUGGCACCAACACAACUGCCUCACUUGAUUCAGUGUCCAGAGUUGAGGCUGCGUGUGAGACCUGUGAAAAUGAAAACAGCGAGCAGGUAGUUGUAUGUGAUGAAAACCCCUGUUAUGGCAGUGUGCCCGCAUGCUCUCUCAGCUUUCCUCCCGUGGAUUUUGACUACCAGCCAUUUCAGAGUGUAGUGGAGCAGCCGGGUAUGUCACUGUUAAAGAGGACAAGUGAUGGGGCGGAGAAACAUUUUGGUGGACAUCCAGAAGACUUGUCUGUGAAGACACCUCAAUCACUCUUUAAUAACCAAGCUGUUACAUGUCCAAUUAAUGAUGGCCAGUGUUUCUCUGAACCUCCAAGACCCUUUCUCUCUCUGAACUCCAGAGACAAGUCUGUGCCCAUAGUCACAGACAGUGGUUAUCAGUGUGUAUAGGGCUACUGUACAUGUUUUUGCACCGUUUAUUGUUCUGUUUUUGUUCCACUGAAUGUUGAGAAAUAAGAAAUAUGAGAAGAAGGAAGGAAGAGGAUGACAAUGCUCACCUCGAGGUCCUCUUUAUGGUUGUUCCUGAUAUUCAAGACAAACUACUUAAAAAAAAGUUUGCAGUGUUGACAUGGAAAUGUAAAAAGGCUGAAUUUUGUGACUAUUUGUUGUUUAGUUAUGUUAUUACCACAGGAAAACCAGUUAAUGCACAGAUUUUGAGUCAACAAACUUGUUUAUUUUGACUGUUGUAGAUAUUUUUGUUCGCUGCAGUAAGUCAAUGAAUUGUAUUUAAAUUUUGCACUUUAAAGACAUUUAUUGUGUUUAGUUUAUGAAUAAAGGGAACCUUCUGCUGUCUACUAUUUUUUACUUCAUCAUAGCUGGUGUAUAAAAGCUCUAAAGUGUAAAAACCCAA